AUGAUAUCACUUCGCCGUUACGUGACCUACGCCGGCGUGGCGGUGGUCGCCUUAAUCGUCCUCACACACUUUCGGCAGAAUAUAGCAUCUCAAACGAGAAUUCAAUAUGCUGCAUUCUUCCGCUCUGGCAAAAGUCAGAAUGAUGGGCAAUUCCGCUGGUCGGACGUUCCUUUGCAUUAUCAGCCCGAGAGCAUCACAUCUCUACCCACAGCAAAACCUCGAAGGCUUCCCAAGGUUCAAUUCGAUUUCGCAAAAGAGACAGCAGAGCAAGCAGCCAUUCGACGAGAAAGACGAGCCGCCGUGAAAGCUACCUUUCAGCGAUGUUGGAAAGCUUACACCGAACAUGCCUGGCUCAUGGACGAAGUUACACCUAUCACGGGCAAUUUCAAGAAUGGCUUUGGCGGAUGGGCCGCGACUUUGGUGGACUCUCUCGAUACUCUCUGGAUCAUGGACCUGAAGGACGAAUUUGAGCAAGCUGUUCAAGCUGCGAUCACGAUCGAUCUUUCCAAGUGCACAGAAGAAUCUGUCAAUGUGUUUGAAACUACAAUCAGGCACUUGGGCGGAUUCUUAUCUGCAUACGAUCUCAGUGAAGAUAAGAGACUGUUGGACAAGGCCACAGAGUUUGGUGAAAUGCUAUUGAAGGCGUUUGACACUCCAAACCACAUGCCUAUAACUCGUUGGCGUCCCCAAGCUGCUCUCACGACUCGACAGGUCGCUGACGAUGUCGUGCUUGUUGCUGAAAUUGGUUCUUUGAGUAUGGAAUUUACUCACUUGUCGCAGCUAACAGGAGACAUGCGAUAUUUCGAUGCGGUCAACCGGGUCAUGCAACUAUUUGCAAAGCAGCAGGAAGAUACUCACCUUCCUGGGAUGUUUCAAGUCGUGGUAAAUGGCCGCGAUGCUGAUUUUACCAAAGACACCUACUUUACACUCUCCGCGAUGUCGGACUCACUGUACGAGUACUUUCCGAAGAUGCAUGCUUUGUUGGGAGGAACCGACCCCAUCUACGCGCGAAUGUACAAGCGAAGUAUGAAGACCGCCAUCAAACACAACCUUUGGAAGCCGAUGACGCCGGACGGCGCUGAUAUUCUGAUGAGCGGCAACGUACGUGCAGAGAUGGGCAAGCCGCCCAAGCUGGAACCACAAGGCCAGCAUUUGGUGUGCUUCGCUGGAGGCAUGUUCGCACUCGGUGGACGAUUGACCGAGCAGGAGGAUCAUGUGGAUAUCGGCAAGAAGCUUACAGAUGGAUGCAUCUGGGCAUAUCAAGCUUUGCCAAUGGGAGUCAUGCCCGAAGUCUUCGAAAUGGUUCCGUGCCCUUCGCGCCAGGGAGAAUGCCCGUGGGACGAAGAGAAGUGGCGAGAUGCCGUCAACCAAUUCGAUGCGACCCGAGACCAAGAUCCGAUCGACGACCUUCGGCUGCCUAAAGGCUUCACCAAUAUCCGGGAUAGGCGAUACAUUCUGCGGCCGGAAACGAUCGAGAGCGUAUUCAUCCUCUAUAGGACUACCGGGCAGACAUACCUGCUGGAUCGAGGAUGGGAAAUGUUUACCAGUAUCGUCAAUGCUACAGAAACGGACAUCGCGAACGCUGCGCUCGCAGAUGUAACGUACGAUCCUGCUUGGCUCGAGAGUACGGGACACAGCGUCAAGAUGAACAGCAUGGAAAGUUUCUGGCUCGCCGAGACUUUGAAGUACUUCUACUUGCUUUACUCAGAAGUCGAUUCCAUCAGUCUAGACGACUGGGUCUUCAAUACUGAGGCACAUCCGUUCAAGCGACCCGCUGUUCAGUCAUGACAGUAAUUGUUGCUCUGCAGGAGAUAGCAUGGAAACAUUCGUC